CACGCCCAUCUUCUUCUCACCCACGUGGAGUACCAGGAGUGCAUGCACUCCUAGUUUUCCUGGGAGUACACAUAGCAAGAGAAUGGCUGCUGAAGGAGAUUUAGCCGAUCAGUUUGAGGACCUCAAACUAAAUAUAGAGUUACCUAAGACAAAAUUGUUUCGUGCUGAUCAGUGUGUAGGUACUGGAGUGUUAAGAGUUGAUGAACAUGAGGUCAAUUGGACAGGAGAGAAUGGGGAGACUGUAUGUCUGUUGUAUCCUGAAAUAUGCCUGCAUGCAGUCAGUCGCGAUGUAAGCUCGUUUCCCCACCCCUGCCUCUACAUGCUGACCUCCUGCCAACUAGACAUCGAGGAAGAACAAGAGGGGGAGCCAGUGGAGACCAUAGAAAUGAGGAUGGUACUUGAGAAUGAGGAUAAGUUGGAAGAGCUGUUUGAGCUGAUAUCCGAAGGCCAGGCUCUCCACCCUGACCCUGAGGACCUGAGCACUGAUGAAGAGGGGGAAGAAGGUGACGCUGUUAUUUUGGAGGAUUUUCAGCCGCUGGAAGAGGGAGCAGACUUCUUCAGAACGGAAGAAGACUUACAGUUUCUAAGUCCUGAAGGUCAGAGAACGUUGGAACGUAUUGAGACUUUGUUAGCAGCCUCUGGAAACAUACCUUCCGUUCAAAAUGGGAACAGUCAGUUUGAAGAUGCUGAGGACUGAUAAACUUUCAUUUUAUAAUAAUUGUUCACUGCCAUAUUUGAUUACAUAAUUAUAAUGGUUGAAAACCUGAUACAAUAAAAUA